AUGGAACUUACUUUUGAUGGACCCAUUAACAAAGACUGGAACAAUUAUGCUAUCGACGAUUUGUUCCAUACACCUGUCACAAAAACCAUUUCUGGCUACCACGUUCCCAUUGCCGACAACAUUAAACAACAAGUCAGACGAGCCGAUGUUUUGUUUAUCUGGACCGAUUGCGAUCGAGAAGGUGAGGCUAUUGGAGGCGAUGUUGCUGAUUUGUGUCGACAUGUCAAACCAAAUAUUCAAGUCUGGAGAGCUCAUUUCUCUUCUAUGCAACCAGCCGCUAUCCACCGGGCCGCCCAAAACCAUGUGCCAUUGGAUAUGAAACAAGUCGAAGCGGUGAGAGCAAGAAGUGAACUUGAUUUACGAAUUGGUGCAGCAUUCACUCGUCUCCAAACAAUACAACUUCGUAGCCACUUUGAUCCAGCCGAUAGACCAGUUUUAAGUUACGGUAGUUGUCAGUUCCCUACACUUGGAUUUGUUGUGGAUAGAUAUCAAUUAGUAGAAAACUUUAUACCAGAGGAUUUUUGGAAAAUCACAAUGACACAUGAACAACAGAGAGAAGGAUCUGAUAAUCAACCUAUCAAGACAACAUUUAAUUGGAGAAGGAAACACCUUUUUGAUCAGUGGGAUUGUUUCAUUUUAUUCGAGAUUUGCUAUAACGUUAAAAUUGCUACAGUCACCAAAGUUCAAUCCAAGCAGACAUCCAAAUGGAAGCCAUUGCCUUUAACUACAGUUGAAAUGCAAAAGGUAGCUUGUCGGGUGUUGGGUUUAUCUGGUUCUCAUAUUAUGACGAUUGCUGAGGAUCUUUAUACAAGAGGUCUCAUUAGUUAUCCAAGAACAGAAACCGAUCAAUUUGAACGUGGAUUUGAUUUUAUGACACUGAUAGGUCAUCAAACUCAAGAUCGAAAUUGGGGAGAAUAUGCUCAAAUGCUACGAGACGGUGAGUUUGAACAGCCUAGAUUUGGUACAAACAAUGAUAAAGCACAUCCACCUAUCCAUCCCACAGCUUAUGAUGUAACAUUGACUGGCGAUCAUAAACGAGUCUAUGAAUUUAUUGUUCGUCGAUUCCUUGGUUGUUGCUGGAAAAAUGCUAUUGGACAUGAAACCACAGUAGAAGUCAAGAUGGAUACUGAAUUUUUUGAUGCCAAAGGAUUGGUUAUCUUAGAGAAGAACUAUUUAGAAGUCUAUACAUACGAUAAAUGGAGUGGUAACGAGAUUCCUGAAUUUCAUGAAGGCGAUCAAUUUGUACCGGAUUCUUUAAAUAUGGAGGCAGGAAAAACUACCGCUCCCAAAUUUCUGACAGAAUCCGACUUAAUUGGUUUGAUGGAAAAGAAUGAGAUUGGCACAGAUGCAACCAUUGCUGAACAUAUCCAAAAGGUCAUUGACCGCAAGUAUGUUUACAAGGAAGGUACGUACUUUAAACCGUUGACGUUGGGUACUGCGCUUGUUCUUGGGUACAAUCAGGUUGGACUGGAAGCUAGUUUAAGUAAGCCGCAACUUCGUAGAAGCAUGGAGGCAGAUCUUAAGGAGAUCUGCAAUGGAAAUAAGACAUUUGAGCAGGUGAGACGGAACUCUUUGGCACAAUACCGUGAAAUGUUUGAUAUUUUGAAAGUCAAUUUCUCGAGGAUUGAACAAUCUAUGCGAACGAAUUUCAAUAUGCAAGAUGACAGAUCCCAUGGAGGCAGCGGGACUAGCCGAAACCAUGGAAACGGAAACAGAGGUGCAGGACGAGGAAGAGGAACUGAUUCUGCGCCUACAAGAGGAAGAGGAGGCACAAGAGCGAGAGCGAGAGGACGUGGAAGAGGUCAACGGGGUAGAGGAACAUGA